AUGUCCCUACAACUGCUUAAUCCAAAGGCAGAGUCGCUCAGAAGAGAUGCUGCUCUAAAGGUCAACGUUACGUCCGCUGAAGGCCUCCAGUCGGUGCUGGAAACCAAUUUGGGACCUAAGGGAACUUUAAAGAUGUUGGUGGACAGUGCGGGAAAUAUCAAGCUUACAAAGGAUGGUAAAGUGCUGCUGACGGAGAUGCAGAUCCAGUCGCCAACUGCGGUAAUGAUAGCGAGAGCUGCGGCUGCGCAGGACGAGAUCACUGGAGACGGCACAACGACAGUGGUGUGUUUGGUGGGAGAAUUGUUGAAGCAGGCGCACAGAUUCAUCCAGGAAGGUGUGCAUCCAAGAAUGAUCACAGAUGGGUUUGAAAUUGCAAGACGUGAGACCAUGGAGUUUUUGAAUGGCUUCAAAAUCGAUAAAAGUGGAGACGAGGAAAUGGACCGCGAGUUCCUACUACAAGUGGCCAGAAGCUCUCUUUCGACCAAGGUGACACCAGAACUAACCGAAGUUUUGACCCCUAUAGUGACAGAUGCUGUUUUGAGCGUGAAAAACACGGACGGCCGUUCGCUAGACUUGCAUAUGGUGGAAAUUAUGCAGAUGCAGCAUUUGUCCGCUAAAGAUACGACUUUUAUCAAAGGUUUGGUGCUAGACCAUGGGGCCAGACAUCCAGACAUGCCUACUCGUGUGGAAAAUGCCCAUAUUUUGAUCUUGAACGUGUCACUGGAAUACGAAAAAACAGAGGUCAAUUCCGGCUUCUACUACAGCUCAGCAGAACAGAGAGACAAGCUUGUUUCUAGUGAAAGAAAGUUUGUGGAUGAAAAGCUGAAAAAGAUUAUAGACCUAAAGAACGAGGUUUGCGGGCUUGAUUCCAACACUGGAUUUGUGAUCAUCAAUCAGAAGGGUAUCGACCCAUUGUCGCUAGACGUGCUUGCAAAGCACAACAUGCUCGCACUCAGAAGAGCCAAGAGACGUAACAUGGAAAGACUUCAGCUGGUUACUGGCGGUGAAGCUCAAAACUCAGUUGACGAUCUAUCGCCAUCUAUAUUGGGAUUCUCAGGUCUGGUUUACGAGCAAACCAUCGGUGAGGAAAAGUUCACGUACGUCACGGAAAACCGCGACCCCAAGUCAUGUACGAUAUUGAUCAAGGGUGCAACUUACCACGCUCUCAACCAGACAAAGGAUGCCGUCAGAGACGGUCUUAGAGCCGUGGCCAACGUGCUCAAGGACAAAUCUGUCGUUCCUGGUGCUGGUGCCUUCUAUCUAGCUGCUUCCAACCACCUCAGGAACGCCAACGCGGCCAAACUGGGCGCCAAGGGCAAGGCCAAAUCUGGUGUGCAAGCGUUUGCCGAAGCCCUCCUGGUUGUUCCCAAGACUUUGGUGAAGAAUUCUGGUUACGAUGCACUCGAUGUUCUCGCCCUGUGCCAGGACGAGCUCGAUGAGAACGCGGAAAGAAGUGUCGGCGUUGAUUUGAACGUCGGCGACUCCUGCGAUCCCACCAUCGAAGGUAUUUGGGAUUCUUACCGCGUUAUAAGAAAUGCCAUUUCCGGCUCCACCGGAAUUGCCAGCAACUUGUUGUUGUGUGAUGAGUUACUAAGAGCCGGAAGAUCUACUCUAAAAGAAGGACCUCCGCAAUGA